CUUCGGGGUUCGAAACAGCUCCUCGCUGACGGAGAACCGACAUGAAGCUCAAAAUCCCGAUCCUGUUGCUCCUGCUGGUCCUCGCGGAAGCAGCGCCGAAGAAGGCCCCCAAGAAAGGUCCGGCGAACGUGAAGGUCCCCGUGAAGCGUCUGAACGGGAGGCCCUCGGGGACGCACAUCUCCCCGUUCCCGCCCGCCUCCGACGCGUUCCCCAGGAAGAACGCGAAGGCCGUGCCGCGUCCAGAGAACCCGAAGGUGGAGAAACCCACCGUCGCUCCCCCGAAGAACCACGAGAAGAACCGUCAAGGCCCUUGCACCACGCCAGAAUGCGAACAAGCAGCCCAGGAACUGCUGGACGGGAUGGACCUGACCGUCGACCCCUGCGACGACUUCUACGCGUACACCUGCAGGAACUGGAUCCUGAACAACCCCAUCCCGCCGACGUCGAACGUGAUUAGCAUGUUCGACCAGCUCAUAGACGAGAUGAACCGGAGAAUCCGAGACAUCCUGGAAGCGGGACCCUCGCCGGACGAUAACGUGCCCGUGCUGGACGCGAAGACCAUGUACUCCGCUUGCGUCGACACCGGGACCGUGAUGGGGAUGUUCGGCGGCUGGCCGAUGACCCUGGACCAAUGGGGCGAGGAGGACUUCGACUGGCAGCAGAUGGCGGCGGCCGGGAUCAGGCAGGCUGCGCUCAACACGCUCAUAUCG